CAUCCUGUAAAUAUGAUUUCCAUGGAGGAUCUUCUGAUGUUCAAAAAUAAAAUGUUUUGUAAAUGGACUACGGAGUUGUAUGGGUUAAGAAGUUAACAUGUAGUUCCUAUCUCAUUUGUGACUUUGUCAGCGUUGUCAAAACUGUUAUAUUGAAGUCGCAGUCUCGGGAAUUGAACGGACUAUCGGGCAAACAUGUAGCCAUAAGUUUUUAUCUGGGACAAGUUGCACAACCGAAGUAACGACUUUUCGGUUAAAUUCCCUAAUUAAAUCGCAUUUGUUCUUGCAGCGCUCAAUAAAUUACUGUUUUACAGAAUGACAGACUUAAAUAGUGUUGGUUUGCCAGAUGUGACAGAAGGAAUGUUGAAGGACCUGCAACGGCAGGCAGACAAGGCGAGGCGACUAGAGCUUGUUGGCCAGCGCAAGUUGACCAAUCAUGUACGCUCUCCCCCAAUGCCGGCUAGUGUCAGCUUUAAAGCCAUAAAGUCUGAGACGGACGCUGAUGAUUUUGUAAAGGUACGUCAUGCCCUGGGCAGUUUUGAAGCGGCCGAAGGUUUAUUUAAACAUGGAGCAUUUGGCAUUGAGCGCCAGCCUCCAACCCCACUUCCUGGGGACAAGAAACGCAAGUCCUUCCCAACAGUGCCACCACCCAGUAGUAAACCACGGGAGGGGGGAGGGAGCAGUUUACAAAAGAGUGACACCAGAAAACAGAGUGACAGCACCGUGAGGUCAGGGUCAGACACUCGGGUAAAACCUGAGGUGAAGCCUGACCCUGGUAAGAGGCUGUCUAACGAGACAAGUAGUGUACACAAACAUGAUCAAAAGCCUGCCCAACAGUCUGUGAAUAGCAACCAAAAAACAUCGUCAUCCAGUAGUCAGAAAGUGCCAAAACCUGAUAGUGUGAAACAAACACCAGUGUUACAUUCCAGUAAUAAAAACCCAGUAGUCAUAAAGCGGGAACCUGUGCUUGAAACUUUCAAUCAAAAAUAUGUUGUUCAGUCAAAGGGAGAGUCUUCGAAGACGGCCACUAAAUCAGCACCAAGUUUGACAAGUAAAGCCCCAGAGACAUCGACAGAGUCCAGACCUGUGUUAAAGGAGAAGGAAGGGUAUAAGAAUGUAAAUGGUCGUAUCAAGCCACGCCCACAGCUACAUAUACCCGAGAAUGUUGAGGAAAUGCUUAUGGAGUUUGAUGUUCCUCAACCCCUGACGGCCAUACAGACACCAUUCAAGGAGAAGGAACCCAAAUUCCCUUUUCAGGAAAGCAACAAAGCAGACCAGGCCAAAACAGACCUGUUUUUGGGUGCUGGAGCUGGCAGCAAUGUUAGAGGUGAGGAUUUAGGGGGAAAGGGCCCUCGUGGAGCCCCGGUAAUGUUGAGCCCGGUCCAGUCACGGGUUGUCGAGGAGAUACAGGAGAAAGACACAAGCAGCAGCGACGAUGACAGCGCUAGCGAGUCAGGCACUGAUGACAGCAAUGAUGAUGACGAACAAGCCCAUGACAGUGUGGAGCCAGCCAGGACCCACCAGGAACCCUCUGGAAAAAAGAUUACCGGGCCAGAUCCCCCCAGGGUGGGGCCAGGAUCUAGGGGCCCAAUGGCACCGGAUAAAACACAACAGGGGAUGGACACAUAUUCUGGUCGUUCAAGCAGUGACAGUUCGAGCAGUGAUUCUGGUGACAGCAGCGAUGGGGAGUCAGACCGGGACUCAGACAACGAAGGGCCCGUGGGCCAUGUGCAGGUCACAACACCGGCACAGAAAUCUGCCUCCCCGGAGUAUGGCACGGAAACAACGCCUUCUCCCCAGUCUGGGAAGUGGAAGCUAGACAACUUCCUUCAGAAGGGGCCUCAGUCAUUGUUGAACGGAAAACCCCCAUCAGUGGAGGCCCCGCCUUCUGAUAAGUCUGAGGACCACUUUGACGGGGACAGGCGUGGGGCUGACAAUUUCAUCUCUGACGAAAAUCCGCCCUCAAUAGACCAGGACACCUCUUUCAAGCACAUGUCGGCAGAUGAGUUCUCUCCCCCUGCACCUAUUGAUAAGCUGUCUGUGUUAUCUCCAAUUAAAUCCCCAGUCAAAAUAAUUCAUAGUAGACACUCUAGUGCUGCAGAGAAGUUGAUUGUGAAAAAUAAUGAACAAGCAUUUAAUUCCACAAACAAAUUUGACAAUGUUAAAACAAGAGAGCGUAAAAGUUCUCAGUCAAUAGCUAGUCCAGAUGUAAAUAUAUCAGACAAUGAAAAGCCUCGAAAAGUCAGAGCGCGUAAAGCUCGCAUGAAAACCGUCAUAUCGCCAGCAUAUAUAAGUGACUCUGACAGUGAGAUUGAUGUUGUUAACACAUCUCGGUCCCCAAUCAAAUCUCCGCAUAAAUCUCUUCCACAAAAAUCUCAAUCCUCUUCCACAAAUCCACGCAAUUCUUUGUGUUCCAGUAGUAAUAGUGUCCCUAUUACAAGUCCUGCUCGUAGGAAAGGAGCUAAGCUUGAUAAACAUUUAAAAGAACAAGACAGGGUCAAGUUAAAACCAGUCUGUAAUUCUGGUGUGCCUGAAAAGUCUACUCACUGUGAUAAUAGCAAAGCAGCAUCAAAACCUUCUCGCAGUAUAAAAGAUCCAAGCGUAGAGCAAAUUUUGGACUCAUUCCCUGGUGCAAAACCCCUUUCGCCUAUUCCUAACUACCCAAGUAUAGACAUUUCCCAUCACACCAAUAGAGAGAAGCUAGCCAAGGCAGGGCUGGCAACCUCGCCAGUGAAACCACUUCCAUUAAAUGGCAACAUAUCAUGGGUAAAAGGAAAACCUUCUGUCCUUGUACGGAUUGAGCUGAACCUCUUGGAUAGUUAUUUGUGUGUGGAAAGGAGCAGUCAAGGGUUCCUUGAGCCAAAGCAUAUACGUGAAAGUGAGCCUUCAAAGCAACCAUUUGAUGGUAGUGCCAAAUCAAAUCUUCCAAAUUAUAUGAAAAAGUCUCAAAAUAAAGUGCUAAAAGAUGUACAUGAGAAAGGUUCUAGUGCUCAUAGUGCGUAUAGAACUAAAAAUGUUAGUGCAAAUAGUAGUGUAAGUACAGAAAAUGUGUAUUCUAGUGAGAAAUUAGUUUCAAAUAAGAGUGUGUCUAAGAAGAAAGUUGUAAAGGAUAUUGAAGCAAUUCCAGAUUUUGAUGCAUUGCCAGUUCGUGAGCCAACUAAACACAGCGAGUCAGAGGAAUCUAGCGACUCUGAGAGUGCGAGUAGCAGUAGUGGGUCAAGUAGUUCUACUUCCUCUGACUCUGAUAAUGACUCUGAAGUUGAGAAUGAGAGCUCAAAGCCAUUGUCACCCAUUCAUGACUAUAAUACCGCAUCUAAUCAUUCGUUACACCAGUCUCCGCCAGAUGUCAAGAAGCGGAAAUUGGACUCUAGUCGAAAUGAUGACUCAAAACGGAGAAGAACCCUUCCCAGUUCACCAUUCAAGCAAUCCACACCAGUACAAAACAGUGAGCCAGUAGCCAUUUCCCCAGUGGAGGAACGGGGUGGGUCUCGCCUCCCUGGCUCAGUGAAACGGGAGCGCCACAACAGUGGGUCUAGUCAGCACAGCACCCGGAGUCAUGCCUCCACACACAGCCUGGCUUCAACCCAUAGCCGGGCCUCCUCUCGCGGGAACAAGCGGCCCAAGGUCGCUGCGAACCCAGGGACAGCCACAGUGGUGGCCCCAUCUCCAGCCACUAUCAAAGAUCUCAAACCUACCCUGCCCUCCAUUGAUAGGUCAGAUAGGGCUUUAAAUAGUCAGAGUGUUCCAGUGGACACGAGUCAGCACAACGGUGUGUUGAGAGGGCCACCAGUUGUACGGGGAGGGUUCAGCCUGCUGGAACACCACAAAGACGACGAGAGGCUGUUGUCUGCCGAUGAGUACCAUAAUCGGGGUCGCAAGUUCAAGUAUCAGGCGGAGGACAUGGAUGCUGGACUUGUGAAGAACUUGAUUUACUUGGAGUCGGUGCUGUGUUUUAUCCAGUCGGGCUGUGCCAUGGAGCGCAACAACAUACCUGCAGACGCUACAAAGAUGUACAAGGAUACACAAGCCUUUGUGGCACAUCAGUACCAUCAGUUUGAGCUUGCCCAGCGGAGCCCGCAGAACCCUGAUAAGCCCGAACACAAACUUGCAGUAUUAUGUCAGCGAAUCCAGUCCCUACUGUUCAUGAGGCUGUACUCACUCAAAAAGAAGGAAACCCUAAAAUUAAAGCAGAUCCUUGAAGAACACCAUAAAAAGAGCUCGGCACCCCCAGCAGCAUCCCAGGGUAAGCCAUCAUCCGCCCCCUCCCCCCAUCAGACAAACUGGAACCGAUCCACCGGAACUCCCUCCCCGAUGUCCCCCCAACCAUCUCCCGCCAACAGCAUUUGCUCUGUCGGAUCUGUGGGUAGUGACCAGACUCCGUCUAAGCUGUGUAAUGGUACAUCGGGCGGGGUUCCCCCUGGGUCAAUAGUGGUGAGCCAGCGCAUACAUUCCAUCACCCAGAAAUAUUUCUCCAAUGCCAACUACCUGAUACAGGCUCACAACUACUGGGAAAUGGCCGACGACAAGGUCACUGAUGAUAUUAGAGAGUUCUUCAUUGAGCUUGACCACGAGUGUGGACCUUUGACAUUACACAGCAGUAUUCAGCACCUUGUGAGAUACGUUAGACUGGCCAUCAGUCAUAUACAUGUGUGAUGACCGCCUGCACCGGCCUAGCCGGGGAAGCAGGCGUGAAUGCCCAUGUGUUGGUGUACCAGUCUAGACUGUGUUCAGCACUGAUGCCUUGUGGAAUGGUGGCACCCAGUCUACGCCCUGUUGAGUGGGCAGGCCUUCACAUACAGGGCUCUUGUCAUGCUGCCAGACUACACUUGUGUUCAGCCUUUCUUACGUGGCCUCAAACAUGGUACAAACUUGAUCACAUAGUGAUUCUAUGGGAGAAAACUACCAUGCAGAACAUUUUUGUUAUUACUGAUGAGGAAGAAUGAACCAAGAUGUUUGUGUGGAGAAACUUGCUGCCAUCGAUCACCUGCAUCGAGAGAGAUUUCAUGUGGUUCACAUAUAUCAAUUGAUGCAUCUAUGAUUUAGAUCAAUUUACUUCAUUUUAUUCAUUUUUCUGAAAUUACACAAACAUAUGGCUCUGUUGCCAUGGCAAUAUGCUUGUCAAAUUAGAUAUGUAUGUUGUUAUAGGUUCUAUCUUUGUUCUAAACAAUAUUACAGAUGUCUUUCAAAUCAAUCAUGACUAGUUGUACACUAGUAACACCAAAUCAUGGGAAACCAUUGCAGAUAUUAUUAGCGAGGUUAGAUUUAUCAAAAGAGUAUAUUAUGGUUUGAAUAUGCAUUACAAGACUGAAUAGAAGUAAACAUGUUUGUUAUUGAGAUUUACACUUGUUAAGAUGUUAUAUUCCGCGCUAUUCAGAUAUAGAGUUGGUAGAUACGGUUACUUGAUUUUACAUUGUCUGUGAUAGAUAUACUAACUCACUAGAAAAUAAGAUGUUUACUGAUAACAGUAUAUAUAUUGAUAUAAAACGAAUAAUAGGCCUUGUAAAAAAAAUAAAGAUUUUAAUGUCAAUUUCGUUCAAAAUUUAUUUUUUAUGUAUUGCCUAAACUGUGGAUAUGACAAAAAUGUGUGACAUUAUAUAUAUAUUUAUAUGAACAUUCUACUAACUGUUUAUUUCCGCCUCUCUAUAUUCCAUCCUACGUGAGCCAUAUUGUCGUAAACUAUUUUCUUAGUGCUAAAAGGAUAGAUUUCUAGGUGAGACUUGGUGUAGGCCAUAGAGGCUUUAUACUCUGACAUGAUGAAAGGGUGUCUUCCAUUUCAUAUCCUGAUUCAUCUGAAAUCAUGUUCUUGUUUUGUUGUUUAUGGCAUACAAUUAAUGCAGUUCAAAUAUUGUUUUUUUUUGUUCAAGCUUGAUACAUUGUGCCAUAAGUAAAACGAUCUACACAAGCAGAUGAACAUGCGGCUGAUUUCAGCAGCUUUAGUGGAUCUUUUUUUUUUUUAAAUUAGCAAUUAGCGAUCAAGGUUUUAUAGGUCAUUAUAAUGUUACAAGUAAUUGCAAAUGUAUUUUGAUAUUUUCUGGGUAUUUCUCUGUAAAAGCAUACAAGAAACAGUCCCUGAUGUAAAUAAUCUAGAAGACAUCUAGGUUUGCAAGUAGCUCAAUUUAGUGUGAAGUACAAAUAGAUAACUAUUUUGUUAGUGUUCCUACUUUUGUAUUAGUUUUCCUUGAGUAUUCAUACAUUCAGUUAAUGACAUUGUGCUCACAUUCAGCAACAAGGUUCAUUUUCUUGGGUAUUUAUGUUAUUUAUUGCAAUAUUUAUUUAUUUAUGUUCAAAUAUUUAUCAAUUAAGUUGCUACAAAGUCAUUUUUGUUACAAGAUAUUGUUUAGUUAUGUAGAAUUUAAUUUAAGAAACAAAGUCUAAUUUUGGCCUUCCAGUGCUCUUGAUGGCAGUUGUUCUUACAAGCACGCACCAUUUUCAGCCUUGUGUUUAUUGAAUAGCUAGAUGACGUUUAUGUAGACCAAAGUUUGUUCCAUGUAUAUCAGAAAACCCGAGUUUUUAUAUGAUAAAGAAUUGCACUGUAACUUAAAAUAUGGCCUUGACCUUUUUGUGAGGACAGCACAUAACAGUAUUGUGCUUUAGGCCUAAAUUUCAAGAACAUUAUAUUCCACACGAUUUGGAAAUUACACUAUAAUCCAAUUGCUCAGAACAUGGCUAGAGUUAAUCAUGCGUUUAAAGGCAUCGUUGUAAACUUAUUAAUGUGAAAUACUUUUUGAUGUGCUCAUAGAUUUAAAUUAUACCAGUACAGCUGGAAAGUUGUCUCAAAUCUUGUAAGACACACUGCAGGUCACAAAUGUGUCCACGUAAGUUCCAGAGCAGAAAAUAUUGUAAUGUUAACAUCUUGGUAACUUUUACAAAGUUCUGAACAAUUGGCCCCAUGUUAUUUGAAUCGAAGCGCUAUAGAAUCUAAUCUCGAACAUUGAAAGUUCAUGCCAUUUCCUGUGCUAAAGCCAUGGUCACUUAUGUACUCUAGCUCAUCUGCUUUUGGGAAAAAAGUUGAGGUAAUGUCAUAGCCUGGGGUCUUGCACCUUGGACAGAACUCAAAAGCCAUUAAAGAUAUCGAAAUGGAACUUGGUAAAUAUGUUGACAGAGAAAAAACACACAGCAGAGCCCAUAACUCUGGCUGUAAUUAUUUUUAAGUAUUGCCCUUUUUUGGAGUAGAAAAUAACAGACGUUCAUUGGCAUUUGCUUCACAGCACUCUUGUUUAUUUCAAAAAUAUUUCAACAGUAUUAUUAAGUAUUAAAACCUUUCAAGUAAGAGUUCUAGUUUUGAAUCAAAGUGGUUUUUCCCAAGAUUGUUUCUAUGUUAUGUUGUAUUUGACUAUUUCUGAUGCAAACAGCCGUUUUAUGCAUAUCCUAGGUGUACAAUACACAAACACCUUAUCAUCAUUGUGAAUAGGGCUUAAUUUCUCUCACUUGUUUUCAUUUCCCCUCAUUCUAUGGUGACAGUAACCUGUGCAUAUCCGCUUUCUUCCGCUGUAUUCAUUCUUUGUUGUAAUAUUCAAAACAGUGACUAUGUCCUGUACAGUACUAUACAAUAUUUUGAUUGAGAUCGUUCAGUUUGUUGAUUCACUAUUAUUAAUUGUCAUGAUGUGAUCAUGCAAGUUCAAAAUUGUUGUUGAUAGCAGAAUCUUGAGGUCAUUUUACUCAUUUGUAUUUACAUGUGUUCAUAGAACUGCAUUAAUAUUUAUUUUAUUUGAAUUGUGACAUUCAGUAUGGUUAUAUUAAACUAUAUUAAAUUAUAUUAUAUAUUAUAAACUACACAUUGUUAUACAAGUGUCAAUGAAAUUGUGAAUAUUAUAUCUUACUGAUGUGUGAGUUGAGCCAAUCUGGUUCGUGCUUUUGUCAUUGUUGUCAUGUUGAUUGUAGGCCAUGUGUUGCUAUAGUCAGGUCAAGUCGUUGCUAUGUACUUGUUGCUAUGGAAACUUGAUCUGCUUGCCUCAAAUGCAAAAUUGGCCAUGUAAAUAUUUGAGCCAAAUAUAUUCUAAAAUGAAAUUAUGAAAAUUGUUGAAAAACAAAAUAAAAAUAUGAUACAAAAGC